AUGUGGGAAACGCACAUUAAGCAGAGAGACCAAAUUUCUAAAGGUCAUUGGAGUACAACAUGUAAUUAUUAUAAUGAGUAUUGGUACAAAGGCUCCUCUGCUGCCCUUGAAAAUUAUUUAGGAAGUACACUUAAAACUUUAGCUGAUGAAAAUUUAAUUGAAGGUGGUAGUCUUAAACAAUGGGUAGAUACUCAUUGGCAUACUAUGUAUGAUUGUGUAUUCUCUAUUAUAAGCAAACAUCGUACAUGGCUUUCCUUGAGUAAAAUUAAAAAUAAGCAGAAGCUUUCUGCUUUUUAUCUUGCAAAUUCAAAAAAAGAAUUACCAUAUUUUUCUGCUAACAAUAGUACUGAAGAUUUAUAUGAAGUAUUAUCUAAUAUGAAUCUUAGUGAUGAUGAUGAUUACGAUGAAAAACAACCUGCCAGUGAAGAAGUACAAAAUGUAAAGUUUUUGGAAGAAAAAGUGCUUAAAAUUAAGGAAUUGUUAAAUCUUGAUAUAGCUGAUUUUACCAAUAACUUAGGUGAAAUAGUUUUUGAUACUAACUUCGAGUCUUUUGAAGAGGAAAAUGUUUAUGUUCAAAUUAAUGAUAUUGAAAGCAACGUUGAUAAGGAAAUUAGGAUCCUAAAAAAGAAGCUAAUAUAA